AUGCCCCGGAUGGGGCGGCUCGCGCUGGCCGCGCUGUGGGCCUACGCGGCGGAGGCGCAGUCGCCGACGCAGGCGCCCACGUUCACGACGUGGCGGCCGACGGUGGCCGGCGCGUCGUCGCCCGCGACGACGCCCGCACCGUCGCUGCGACCGACGCCCGCGCCGACGACGGCCAGGCCGACCAAUACGGCCGCGCCGACGUGCGUCGCGCUCGCGAGCACGGCCGCCGCCGACGCGAUCGACUGCCUCCUGCAGGCGUGCCGCGACUGCCUCGGGCCCUCGACGGCCGAGGGGGGCAUGGCCGGCGCGCGCUGCACGAACCUCGCCGAGCCGAGUUGUAAAACAGCGUGCGUCUGGGCCAUCAAGGAGGACCUGGGCAACUGGGACUCGUUCGGCGUCCGGGACGGCGCCGACCAGACGCAGCUCGACGGCUUCCUCGCGAAAGACUGCGAGCUCGCCAAUUCCGGCACGGAGAUGACCGCGAGCAACUGGUUCCGAGGGGAGAACGUGCUCAACGGCGAGCCGUUCGGCCGCCUGGGGCUGCAGAUGGGCGCGCCCUCGCCGCGGCCGACGAUGGCCGACGAUUUUCUGGACACCCCGCAGUGCCUCUGCUGCUACGACGCCGCGCUCGACACGGGCUGCUUCGGCCAGAGCGCGUGCGCCUGCUGCUGCGGCUCAUCCGACGAGCUGAACCCCGAGACGUCUUGGCCGGGAGACGCCGAGAUGGAGGCCAGGCACCACGUCGACGGCGGCUACCCCGCGAAAGAUUGCAAGAAGGACUGCGAGAAGGAUUUCCCGGGGUGGACGUGCGUCUACGCGAAGGAGGGCAAGACGGACGUGCAGGAGCCAAAGAAAUACCUCGACGACGACACGACCAAAAAGAUCGACAAGGAUUCGACGGCGAAGGACGGUGGGUACUGCAACGUGAACGGCGCGGCCACAAGGAGGCCGUGGUGGCUGCUGCUCGCCGCGCUGGUAAUACUAAGGUAA